AUGAGGGAAGCUCUGUCCCAUGCAGCUCAUUUGCCCUUCCAGAUGGCAGCUGCCCUCACCGAUGAAGUUGCCCACCAAGUGGAGGAAUUAGGGGCAAACCACAGGGUUGAGCCUGAGCGAAUUUCCUCCCAACUGUAUCACGAAGAUAGCACGCAGAUGAGGCAGCAAGAAAAGUCCGAUCAGCACACUGCAGCAGCAGGCUUGGGUGCAGAAACACCACCUCAAGCACACAGCAAUGGUGUGCCCCGAGCAGGCAAAGUACACUCUGGCAGCGAAAUCGGCCCCCAUCCGGAUGCCAGCAGGCACAUCCUGCAAGAGCAGAACACUGACACUGUGCAAGAUGGAGCCAGCACAUCCCCAGGCAAUAACUCAAGCCCGCGGCCGGACAGAUGCGUCAGGUUCGUGAAUGAGGACAGGGGCUCGCAGGUAGAAAGCCUUGCAGCCGAAGCUGCAGGCAACCAGCCGGCAGUGCAGCAGCCCACAGUGGCAAGUGUGGUAAGUCAGCCCGAGCCGUUCAGGGGCAAGGAUGGAGAGGAAGAGGCCGCUCAGCCUGGGUCUCCUGUGUCACAGUCAGACAGCGCCCAAGGAACUUCUUUGAGCUCCUCGUCGGAUGGGCUGGACAUUUCAGGCAGCGGCGUCCACGACUACAAGCACUACAGGAUGGGCAAGGACGCGGUGUUGACUUUCCUGUGGAUCAUCGAGAUUGUCGGCCUCGCCAUGCUGACCCAGGAGUUCACACUGAAGCUGACAGAUCCGGAUGGAGCGUUCAAGAACCAGUCCAUUCCAGUGGUCAACGUGGUGUUUGGGUCGCUGUGCUGGUGUGCGCUGACUGCCUGCAUAGUCAUCUACCUCAUGCGCUACCACACUGCCCGGAGACAGGGAAGGCGCUGGAAGCCUAGGAGGAAGAAACUGGCCACGCUGCUGUUCACAGAGCUGGUGGCCCAGUGGGUCAAUGUGACAUUCUUCCUCGUACCCAACAUUCAGCUCCUGGCCAACCCCUGCGGCAUGUUCAGCGUGCUCGUCCCCUACUGUGCGAUUGUGCGCUGGACUUGCUGGAACACCAUCUUCCUCAUCACCGUCAUCCAGGCCCACAACAGCAAGCCCUACUGGAAGGGAGUGGGCAGGCGCUCCACUUCAGCCUACCAGUUUGCCAUGCUGGCAGAGGACUGCAUGGUGCACAGAAAUCUCAUCCAGUGCAGGAUCAACAACGUUCAGGUGGCUCUCACGGUGCUGAACAUGUCAUGGGCCUACGUCUACUUUGCCCUCUACUUCCUGUACCUGAUGCAGUCGGUCUACAAGCUGCGCACGCUGCCGAGGCAGGACCACAAAAUGUCCAAUCUCAUGCUGCGCGUGCGGCUGCUGGUGGUGGCGUUCUACACGCUGGGCAUCGCGCUGCUUUGGUACGUGAAGAUUCACAGCUGCAGGUCCUACAUGUACACCUGGUACGGCCUCCUUCCCCUGCAGGUGGUGGAAACUGGGGCAGCGGUGACAUGGUCUUUCUUUGCUAUGCCAGCCACUCACCUGGACGAAGACAUGCCAGCACUCCAGGUGUGGCUCCAGGAGUUUGCCUGGACAGAGGAUGAGAGAGCAGCCAAGGUGGAGAGAAGGAACAAGGACGAGCCUCAGGGGCGCCAGCUGGCAAAGGAGCCCAUGUUCUGCUUCGAGUUCGCCAUGAACAUGCUCUACUGGUCUGCCCUUCGGGAGAGGGGUCUGUCACUGGAGACAGCCAUGGGCUUGUAUGGGCUGGAGCACUCGGAGCUGUUCUGGGAGAAGGCACGGGACACCAAGUUGCUCAUGGCCUGGAAUGACAGCCGAAUAGUCAUCGCAUUUCGGGGGACCGCCUCCAUGUCCAAUGCCCUCUCAGACGUGCAGGCGUGGCGGGCAGUGCAUCCACCCAAGAGGGGCCGGUGGGGAAUGCGGCCGCUGGUGCACGUGGGCUUCCUGAAGAGCUGGACUCGCGGUGGACUGGACAUCCGCGUGACCUCUAGAAUCAGGGAGAUAAUCCAGGGGCCCGACUUCGACCCUACCAAGGCCGCGAUCUGCGUCACAGGGCACUCACUGGGAGGAGCUCUGGCGCAGCUGGCAGCGCAUGACAUAGCGCUCGCAUGCCAGGACAGCGGGAAGGAUAUACGAGUUGGAUGCUACACCUACGGCAGCCCACGAGUGGGCAACCACGCCUUUGCGCGCGAGUUUGACAAGGUGGUGCCCCACUGCUGGCACAUCAUAAACAAUCAGGAUGCAGUGGCGCGCUCGCCGAAAUUUCUGGUGCUCUACAAGCGCGCCGGGCAGCGAGUGCUGAUCAACAACAAUGGGGACAUGCUCGUGCGGCCCUCCUUCAUCGAGAACUCCAUCCUGCAGAUGCCUGGAGGUGGCAGCGUGGGGGACCAUCUUCUGGGCAGCUACCUGCGCUCUCUGCUGGCGAUCCUGCUCGCGCAGUUCAGCUUCAAGGCCUUCCCUGGCGGCAUGGAGGGAGUCGGGCUUCUGUUGGACGGGGCAGGGAUCACCAUCGAUGACCUGCGGCGAGUCAGCAGAUGGCAUGGCCACGUGGUUAACCCCAAACUCGCCAGCACGACUGCUGCAGAGCUCGUGGCCGCCAUGCAGGCCCGCAGGAAGAAAGCAGCCAAGCGCAUUCAAGAAGCCAAGGCGGCGAAGAAGGGGGAUGAAGGCAAGGCAGAGGAGCCGGAAGCUGUGGAGAAGCCGGCGGAAGCUGAGGAGGAGCCGGUAGAAGCUGAGCGGAGGGAAUGUCGGUCUUUAUGGCAGCGCAUCCGGCGGCGGCUGCUUGUGUGGCUGGUGGUUGGCCCCACGCGAGAGGCUUGCAGGGGGAAUGUGGGCAGCCGCAGCAUGCCGGCAGGUGACAGCGAUGCCACGUCAGACGCCAGCACGCACUUGGACAGAGUCUCAGGCCACACUGGCGCUGCAACGUGA